GACGCACGGAGGAGGACUCUCGCCGAUAAACAACUUUGAGAUCAAAACAAUCUCUGAAGAACAGCAAGAGAGCGGGGAUCCUUUCUGUACAACGACCACACCCGAAGACAAACACUUUAUUUUGGUCGGAUUGCAAUAGAGGCAUAAAGAUGAUCGGAAAGAUUCUUUCUCAUCUGCUUGGGAACGCCGGGGAGGACUUUGAGGCAGCAGAGGACACUUACGAGGAGCUGAUGGAGUUUGAGGAGGGAGGAUGGGUGCUUGUUAAUCUCCCAGAGAGCAGGCUGCGAUCAGCCCCUGAGGUGGAUCCCCUGGAGAACCUGCUGAUCGAGCACCCCAGCAUGUCUGUCUACCAGAUGAGCUGCAGGAUGAGUGGAGAGGAGGAGGAGCUGGGCUCUGAUGAAGAGGACACCUCCAGGCCUGUGGCAGUAAUGCCGCACAUAUCGUGGCGUCUGGCUGCCUGGGGAAUCCCUCUGCCCUGCAACGUCCAGCUGCUGGCUGUCCAGAGGGCCAGGGCCCAGGCUGAGCAGAGGAAGCUGAGCCGCGGCGCCCUCCACAGGCACAACCUGGCUAAGAUGCGAUUCUCCCCGGCAGAGAAACGCUACGGACACUUCAAGCAGCCCUGCCAGCGCCUCUACAACUACUGAACAGGAGUGAUGGGACUGCGUGUGAGAGGGUGUGUUUCCAGUUGCCUCUACCAUAGCUAAGUUGUGCAGCACAGUGCCUUGACUCUGAAUUUACUCAGGUUUUUUUUUUUGCAAUCGUUUCACCUCACACAGUUCAACUCUGCGUAUCCUCCAAGGCAAAGCAUGUGAGAUUCACCUAUUCCGGUGCAGUAAAAUGAUCGAACAUCAGACAAAUGAACCACACACGUGUUUAUUUUGAUUUGAAUACAGGCAACCUGUACUGCACCCCUUGCACCUGAAACCCCCGAGAUCUCCUGAUCUCCCUCCUCGUGAUUGACACGGUCUGUCCCUCAGGUUGGAAAGCAUUAGUAACGCACCGUUACUUUCAAAUAAAAGCCUUUGUACAUUAUGAAAAGACAGUUGAGUGGUUUAGAUUGAUUAGAUAUUAGUAGGAAUAGGGCUUAUAGGAAGUUGGAGGUGUGUGAAAGUUAUUCUAAAAGUUGUUACUGUGUGACACUGAUCCAAAUCUGAAAACUUCAAACCUGUAGAGAAAUUAGCUCGAAAAGAGUUAACUAUGAUGCAGUUGGAUCACGGCAUGUUUUUUUUCACUGGUUAUGCGUGAUUGUGUUCAGUAUGUUUUAUAUCACGUGCCUUAGCUUUAGACGUUUUUUUUGUGACAAUGUAAUAAAAGCUUAUUUCAUAUCACGGUGACCUGUACGGUAUUCAUGUC